GUUAGUCCCUGGUUCUAACAGUGUGACUCUACCUCAAGUCGUUAUUAUGAGGGAUUUUGUGAAGAACGUACUCGGUAUCGGAGCUAGCGACGGCGAUGUGCGAGAUUGCAUCGAGCUCUUCUUGUGUGAGAGGAGGAGUUGUGAGAGCAAAGCUGGGUGUGGCUCUGGCAGACAUGGUGGCGAUUGAUGGCGAUGGUCUUGGAUGGACAGUAUACGAAGGUGUAGUCUGGGUGAGGAGAAAGUCGAUGACUGCAAAAGAGAAAGCAAAGCAGGCGGGAAGCCCGAUUAUAUUGGAGGCAAAAGCGUGCGCGCGCCGGCAGCGCAACCAACGAGGAGUGCUGUCAUACGACCGCCUCAGGUUCCUAGUUUUAACCGUGAAGGAUCCAACUACUGCACUUGCUGCUCAAGAGGUGUCGAUUGGUGUCGGCGAGUCCGGUCUGCAAGGGUUACGGCCAACCAUUUGCUCAGCGCGGGCUGUGGCGAAAAUCUCUUACCUGCACAUGGAGAGUGUAUACGUGGCAAUGCAACUACCUUUGCAGGCGAGCGCAGGCGCAUUCGCACCCCGAUCGGGCCGGAGCGUCAUUUUAUUCGCUGACUUUGUUUGCGAUCGGGGCCUUUGAAUGCGCGCGCUCGCAAGUCGGAGGAAAAGUGUCAGCAGCCCUUUGCCCUUUCGUUCCCGUAUCGUGCGGUACGGCCGUAACUAUUCUGGGCACAGAAAAGAAUGGAGCUUUGAAUUCAGACCCUUGAGGUUCAGUUUCAGAGAAUUUUAUCUCCAGUGUUGUGGUACCUUCCGUACGAUUCGAGUAUCCGUGAAGUGUUGCGAGUGAGGUGUGAACGUAAACAAGCGAGGCAGUUUUCAAGAUCAGCUUCCUGGCACAAGUGUAAGAACGGAA